AUGCCUCUAAAGCGCAAGGUAUCCCUUGCAAACCCCGACAACUCGGAGCGACAUGGAUUAAAAGAACAAUACCAGAGGCACUCCACAAAACACCCAUUCAAACCCUACCCCGCCUCCAAAAUCUACCGCCUCAUCGAACCAGGACCCAUCCUCCUCGUCUCAACAGGCUCCCUUUCCUCAAAAACUCACAACCUCAUGACCCUAGGCUUCCACAUGAUGCUGCGACACGACACUCCCGCAUUAAUGAACAUAUGUCUCGGCCCAUGGGAUGCUAGCUUCACCUUACUCUCCGAGUCCCGCUCCUGCGUCCUCGCCAUCCCAGAUAUCUCGAUCGCGACCUCAGUAAUCGAUAUCGGGAACUGCAGUGGUGACGAGGUGGAUAAGUGGACGAAGUUCGGAUUUCAAGCGUUACCUGCUGCGAAGGUCGAGGCACCGCUGGUUGGCGGAGAUGGUAUUAUCGCUAACAUUGAGUGUGUGGUUCAUGAUGAUUCCAUGGUUGAGCGAUAUAACCUUUGGGUACUUAAGGCUGUGCGGGCUUGGGUGAGGGGAGGGUUUGAUGAGGAUGAUGCAUCUGGGCAGAGGAUGCGAAUGUUCCAUCAUCGUGGUGAUGGGUCCUUUGUUGUUGAUGGGGAGGUGUUGGAUUUGAGAGAGAGAAUGGUUAAAUGGAGGGAGUUCCAGGAUUAA